AUGAGCUUAGACUCCUUAUUCCAGCACAUCAUCUUUACUGAACAUCAGGCAGAAGAAAGUCGUCGUUUGAGCCAUGAAGUGCGAGUGGAAAUAAGCAGGUGUCGUGAAAAAAUUCAGAAAAUAACAGAGGAACUGAAAGGAGAGAAAAUGAAGUCAGAAUGCAAGUCUCAUCAGUUUUCUGAAAAAGCCUUCCUCCUUGAGCUUUUGAAGAUACAUGAAAAUGGCUUAGAAAAACAGUAUGCAGAAAUUAAAAAUGAAAGGACUAGACUUCUUCAAACCUUUGAGACCAUGAAGAAAAAAAUAAAAGAAGAAGAAGAAAGAUUUAUUAAGGAGAUUACAGGCUUCAAUAAUGAGUAUGGAUUAAUAAAUAAAAGAGAACUUUUGAUCAAAGAAAAAGUCAAGCUUGAAAUAUCUGAUCUGGAGAAACAGGAAAAUAUUUUGAAAAGUGAAAUGAAGACAAUGGAACAUAAGAGUGUUCAGUUAAAUGAACUUCAGCAUCAAAAGAAUGAAUUGAUACAGGAAUUAUUUACUCUUCAGAGAAAACUUAAAGUUAUUGAAAAUAAUGUAAAUGAAGCCAGGCACACCACUAAACUUUUAGAAGAAGAAAAAGUCAGAAUCAGUGAAAAACCCCAGAAUGAUCCUGAAUGUAAAAGACUUAAAAAAGAAUUAGAACUUUACAAGGAAGAAGACAUAGAAAGUGUUUAUGAAGCCCUCCGAUCAGAAAUAGAAUUUUUGGAAUUGAUGCUGUCACAGAAAAGUCUUCAAGCAAAAUAA